AUGGGCAACAGGACCAGGGCAGCUGGCCAAUCACAUCACCCCAACACUCACAUCGGCACCUUGCACCUUCGAAGUGUAUCUGUGACGAUCGAAAGCUCCAAAGCUGCAAUCAUCAACUCCAACUUCAAACCCGCCAACGUCACCCUCCUCACCCCACGACCAUCUCCGUCCCAGCUCUUGUUGCCAUUACUUUGCGAUCAACACAUCUGCAUCAGAGAACUCGUCACAUCCGCCACUAUGGGUUCCGAACCGCAGUACGCAAAGUGGCCGCUCCUCCCUCUCUCCCAGCAUGUCUUCACCCUCACCAACCCCUACGCCUCCAAGUCAGUCCAGCAGGCCGCUGUCAAGGUCCUCCAAGAUGCCAUCGCCGAGCACAAGAUGGCGCCCUUCUACCGAUUCCUCGCACACCCGCUCGAGGGCAUCCUCAACACUGUCGGCGAGGGGUCAAGCCAGUCCGUUCCUGGCAAGCCCCCCAGCCGCAAGUCCAGUCUCGUCGGCAUGAUCGCCACAAAGAGCCAGACCACCAUCAACCUGCCAUGGGAUGAAGAUUUGUACAAGCAGUUGAAAUCAGAGAACGACGCCGAGCUCGAGGGCAUUCAGAAAGAGGAGGACGAGGCGGUGGAGCAGGCUGGCGACACCGAGGUCCAGGCCGCGCGAGGAAAGAGGGCUGAAUUCUGGGCGCGGGUUGGCGACAAGGACCGCGCCAUCACGGCAUACGAAGAUGUCUUUGAGAAGACGGGCAUCCUCGGCACCAAAAUCGAUCUCGUCUCGCCAUUGUCCGCAUGGGCCUCUUCUACGGUGACAAGCUCCUGA